AUGAACCUGGUGAUGGUUCAUAAUAGACUGACUUCAGACUACUGCGAGAUCGGGUCGAACAAGACGUCGUUCAGCGAGAGGAUCACCCAGUUCAUGUCAGCCAUGGAAUCCCCCUUCAGCAGACCACGAAGGUCAUUCACCCAACAAGAUCUUCAACAGGAGUUCCAUUAUCGAUCCGAGGACCCUAUCACGGUGGGUGAGAAAGCCCGAUCGUUUUUUGGUUCCCACUGCCAAUGUUCUUGGGAAAAGGCGAAGGCGACCUUCUUCUCCUUCUUCCCCAUCUUCUACUGGCUCCCGAGGUACAACGUCCAACGGGAUCUCCUCCCAGACAUAGUGGCUGGCUGCACCGUCGCCAUCAUGCACGUCCCACAAGGUUUGGCAUAUGCCCUGCUGGCGAACCUUCCUCCGAUUUAUGGCAUCUACAUGGCUUUCUUCCCAGUCCCUAUCUAUGUGCUCAUGGGGACCUCUCGACAUAUAUCUAUGGGUAGCUUCGCGGUGGUGACCCUUAUGACGGGGAAGGUCGUGGAGGUGUAUAAGGACAAGCUGGACGGGAUGCAAUCGGAGCAAUCCUUACAGAAUUCCACUGCGUUGAGCACAGACGACACGGACAUCCACCGAGCCAUCCUGGUUGCAUCUGCCGUCAGUCUUACGGUCGGCCUCUUCCAGAUCCUGAUGGGGGUGGUGCAGAUGGGGCGCCUCACCGUGUUCCUCUCCGACACCCUGGUGAGCGCUUUCACGACGGGGGCCGCCGUCCACGUCGCCACGUCUCAGGUUCAACACGUGUUCGGUCUUCCCCUGCCCAAACAUUAUGGACCCACGAAACUCAUCCAGACGUACAGAGAUUUCUUCCCUAUGAUCGUUUCAUCGAACGUGGCAGCCCUCAUCGUGUCUGGAGUCACCAUGCUCGUCCUGGUCCUCAACAACGACUUCCUCAAGUCGCACCUGGCCAAGAUGUGCAGAUUCCCAGUGCCAAUCGAACUGAUCUGCGUGGUGAUCGGAACCGGGGUGUCCUACGCUGCGAAUCUGCACGGCAACUACGACCUCGCCACCGUCGGAGAUCUCCCGACCGGACUGCCUCAUCCGGAGGUGCCACCUGUGUGGCUCAUGAGAGAGGUGGACUUCACGAUCCAGUGCCUCGUGAUCGCCAUCGUGAGCUAUGCCACGUCCAUCUCCUUGGCGAAGCUGUUUGCACGCAAGGCCAACUACCACGUCUGCCCUAAUCAGGAACUCCUGGCUCAGGGAGCGGGGAACGCGUUCGGAGCGGCGUUCGGGUGCCCGCCGUUUGCCGCGUCCCUGGCUCGGAGUCUCGUGCAGGAGAGCGUCGGAGGGAAGACGCAAGUUGCGAGCCUCGUCUCCUGCGCGCUGCUCGUCUUCAUCCUCUUCUUCCUUGCGCCGCUCUUCGAGGCCUUGCCCAAGUGCGUAUUGGCAGGGAUCAUCCUGGUGGCGCUGAGGGGGAUGUUCCUUCAGGUGAAAGAUCUGAAGACGGCGUGGCGGGUGAGCAAACUGGACGCGUUCGUGUGGGUCUCCACUUUCCUAGCCGUUACCCUCAUCGACAUCGACUACGGCCUGGCCAUAGGUGUCGCCGCCUCGCUCUUCUCCCUCAUCUGGAGAUGCCAGCGAGCUUACGCCUGCGUCCUCGGGCACAUUCCCGACAUGGGCAUCUACGUCGACGUUUGCCGCUUCGGCCUGGCAAUCGAAGAGAAAGGAAUUAAGAUCCUACAUUAUGGGGCGGGGAUCCACUUCGCCAAUCGGGAGACAUUCCAACAACAAGUCUACAAGCUCAGCCACCUGGAUCCGGAGAAAUGGAGAAAGGACACGGAAAAGCGCCACAAGAGUAUGGCUGCUCGUCGCAGAAAGCUGAAGGCAAGAUCUUUCUCAUUUCCAGUUCAUCUAGAAGAAGAUGGAAUCGAAUGA